AUGUCUGGCGGUGUUGAACUUGAUCUUGCCUGUGGUGAAAGUGAUGCUGAUGAAUUUUCAUCAUCUUCAAAAUCGAAACAAACUCGAACUGUAUCCAUUGAAGAAGACCAAGUAUUUGCUAAUGGUGAUGGCGUUGGCAAUGGUGAUGAUGAUGAUGAUGAUGAAAUAGCAAUAAUCGAAGAAUCCAAAGCUAUUUCACAAAAUGAAAGUCAAAUUAGUGAAAAAUCAAUUGGAAAUGAUUAUCCAAAUGCAAUGAAAACUAAUUUCAGCGAUAUCACAAGAAACGAAACUAAUUACAAUGGUAAACGUCGAAGAACCGAAAGCAUUUCUUCCUCUUCAUGCUCCUCCGGUUCUUCAAACAGUAGUGGCAGCAGCAUUAGCAGUGGCAGUUCCAAUCGUCAGUCGUUAAACGAUUUCAAUGACGAAACCAUGCCAAAUGAAUCGAGUUGUGUCGAAAUUGAAGUUUCAGGAGGCAAAAACAAGCCGGAACAUGAAUCAAAUAGAAAUGAACAGCGCAAAACAAAUGUGCCAACACUAAUGAUAACAGUGAAAAAUGAAAUGGCUCAACCCAUACGUGAGCAAACCAUUCCAACUACAGAUUCUUCAGGGACAGCUACGCUUCGGCAUAUAUUCAGUGAUGCUGUUUAUUUUUUAAUUAAAAGUGGCAACGAGGAAAAUAUUUCAUUGGCGAAAUCAAAAGGUGUAUGGUCAACACCGCCAGCUAAUGAACAAAAAUUAAAUCGAUCUUUUCGAGAUCAUCGAAAUGUAAUUUUAAUUUUUUCAGUCGCAGAAAGCAAAGCAUUUCAAGGCUUUGCUCGUAUGUCAUGCGAAGCUCGUCAUGAUAGUCAGCCAGUUCAUUGGAUUCUACCACCAGGCAUGAGUAAUCGUGCUUUUUCAGGCGUUAUUUAUAUUGAUUGGAUUACUUGUCGAAGUUUGCCAUUUGGUAAAACAUCACAUUUGUUCAAUUCGUGGAAUGAGAACAAACCGGUUAAAAUUGGACGUGAUGGUCAGGAGAUCGAACCACGUUGUGCUGAAGCUUUAUGUCGUUUAUUUCCAUCGGAUCCAACGAUUGAUAUUAUUGCAAUAGCAACAAAAGCGAAGAAUAAUAAAAAACGUUGUUCAUCUCGAUCGCAAUCACAUUCGCCAUCAUCGAUAAAUGUAUCGUCAUCAUUACCUUUGGAAUCUUUGUCAUCAUCAUCCCUAGUAAUUAAACGACAAACAUCAAAAGAUCGUAAUCGUCGCUCAUCAUCACAAGAUACUAAACAUCGACCAACAUCACCACCACUGCCGCCACCAGCAUCAACAGAUUUUUCAUCUCGCCAUUCGUCGAAUCGUUAUCGUCAUCGGUCACCGUCAAAUCAUGAUCGUCCUAGAUAUCAGCAAUCAAGAAAUCGCGAACGUGAAAAUAAUGAUUUACAACGCAAGCGACGACGACGAUCACGAUCUUCGCAUUCUGAUCAUGGGGGUAAAGCUGGAUCCCAUCGAAAACAUAACCAUCGCAAUAACGGUGACCAACCACCAUACAACAACAACAAUAAAAAAAUGUCGAAAAUUAUUGGGAGCGGGACAUGUGAUGAAUAUAUGAAUCAUUUAGUUGCAACUCAUGCACAGUAUGCUGGCUAUGGUGCGCCUAUAUUUCCACAUGGAACCUACCCUAUGGCUUAUGAUCCAACUACUUUCUAUCCAAUGGGAUAUGACCAUCGUGGUAUGCCAAUACCAAUGUAUGGUGCAGGUUAUGAAGUUCCUAUGGAUAUGUAUUAUCCUCAGCCCACCUCUUCAAUGCCAUCAUCUCGUUCUCGAAACGUUAAUGAAUAUGAACAAGAAAUCAAUGCAUUUCUACGUCAUACAACAACAACGGGCCCUUAUCCAACUAAUGAUAUAAAUAUCAAGUCGCAUCGAAAUCAACGUCAUCAGCGACACGAAGAUGACUAUCGUUAUAAAUCUUCAUCGCGACAUCGCUCCAAAUCUCGUGAACAUCGUCGUUAA